CAAGCCUUCUUCCUACUCGCCAUCGCGGAGUGGGGCAACGGAGACAAGGAGAGGAGCUCCAUGAAUAUGAGUGUUGCGGUUCGUAUGGCAACGCUGCUUAGGCUUCACCUGGAAGAGACGUACGCCCUCCCACCAGAUGUCCAGCCCGAGCAGGUGGUACAGGCGGAAUCGACAAGGCGCACGUUCUGGAUGAUCCAGAGCCAGGAGAGCCUCCACUCUGGCCAUAGCACUCCGACAUCGUUUCCCCUAGUAGCCAUCACGGCCCUCCUUCCUUGCCAAGAGAGCGAUUUUCCUUUCAGAGUUAUCCCUGAUGAGAGGGCUGCGUUACCUGAUACGCCUCUUGCCCUCGCCAGCCCUCGUCUCGUCGGGGGCCCGGGGAGAUGCCUCUUUGCGACACUUGUACAGGCACAUGACCUAUGGGGGAAGGUUGCUCGUCAGGCAGGGCAUCAAGCCGACAGUUUGGCGGUAGAAUAUCCCUGGAGGCCCCAAGGCCAACACGCUACACUGGCGGAGGGACUCAAAGGGUGGGAGGCGAAAAUCCCACCGAAGCAUAAAUAGAGUCUUUGGAACCUGGGCGAUUGGAGGGCGGGGGGUUUACACUUGGCCUACCUUUCCAUCGUCAUGGUCUUGCGCCUAAGUAAUAUCGUGCUGGGGAGGGCGUUCAUCAACCACAUAAUUCUUGCCCUAUCACCCAUCACCGCAGACGAGAAGAAGAAAUACCAGAACAUUGCGCCCGAGGAUUUCUGGACUGACAUGUCUAACGAGUUGUUUAGUGAUGUGGUCGAGUUGCACGAGCAGGUAGAGGCAUAC